AGUUAGGGAGGUCUAGUCAAAUUUUUUUUCAUGAUGUAGGCACAUAUAGAUAGAUAGAAACACCAUGCCCACUCCCUACUCUAAACCUCAUCAAGCCGCUAUUCUAUUAGCUUCAAGACAAAGUGAUCUUCAGCAGAAGCAAACCAAAAUGGAUUCCCCUCGUAAACCCAAACCUCUCUCCACUAAUCUCUUCUUCCUCGUCCUACUCUUGUCCACAAAUCUCCUCACUUUAUUCCUAUCUUCCACCUUCUACUCUUCCUCCUUUUGUUAUCUUCACCCCAUCUCCUCCAUCUCCACAUUAACUCAAAUUAGUAGUAGCAGUGUUGCUGACUCAGAUGCCACAGAAAAUCCUGACACGCAAUUAGACCUUCCAUCAGAAUUUCUUGCCUUCACUUCAGGCCAAGCACUCCCAUAUGGUUUCAACACAAAUUUUGAUUCUGACACCUUUUAUCCUCCUGUAGGCCAAGCCUGCACUAGGUUUCCUGAUGAACUUAGUCGUUUUAUGUCCUACAAAGUUAAUGGAUCCUGUCCUGACGAUGAACUGCUCGCACAGAAACUCCUCCUCAAAGGCUGUGAGCCUCUCCCUCGCCGCCGUUGCCGCCCCGCGACACAGCCUGACUAUGUUGACCCCUACCCUCUUCCUACUAGUCUUUGGACUACACCACCCAAUUCUUCGGUCGUUUGGACAGCUUACACCUGCAAGGACUACACAUGUCUCAUCAACAGAAUGAAAACUCAAAAGGGUUUCGAUGAUUGUAAGGAUUGCUUUGAUUUACAAGGUAGAGAAAAGAAUCGUUGGGCUUCAAGAGAAGUCAUUGAAGGAUCACUUGACUUCACAAUUGAUGAAGUUCUUGCAACAAAGAAGCCUGGAACAAUCCGAAUUGGGCUUGACAUUGGUGGUGGUGUGGCUACAUUUGCUAUACGAAUGAAGGAAAGGAACAUAACAAUCAUAACAACUUCAAUGAACUUGAAUGGUCCAUUCAAUAAUUUCAUUGCUUCAAGAGGUGUUGUGCCUUUGUAUAUAAGCAUAUCACAGAGGCUACCAUUCUUUGACAACACUUUGGAUAUUGUACACUCAAUGCAUGUAUUGAGUAACUGGAUUCCUACAACUUUGCUUCAUUUCUUGAUGUUUGAUAUCUAUAGAGUUCUUAGGCCUGGUGGGCUGUUUUGGCUCGAUCAUUUCUUCUGUGUGGAAGAUCAAUUUUUGGAUGUUUACAAGCCACUAAUUGAGACCAUUGGAUUCAUUAAGUUAAAGUGGGUGGUAGGCAAAAAGCAUGAUCGUGGGGCAGAGCUUAGAGAAAUGUACCUCACAGCUUUGCUGGAGAAGCCAUUGAAGAAUUCUUGGUGAUUUUAAUUUGCUUGUAAUUUAAUUUCUUUAUUAGGCUUUACUAUAGGAAGUUUUCUUCUCUCUCUCUUUUUAAUUAUUUUCUUUUGGAAAAAGAUAUUGUCAAAUCAUGAAUAAUGAGAAUGAGAGAUUUUUCUUUUU